AUGCCUUCAAACGAGACUCUCUCCAACGGCAACGGCGCUGCUCAGGAGUACUCUUUCCCACCUGGCAUCCACGUCCCUUCAUUGACCUGGUUCAAGAACGAUCAGAACCAGGACAUCGACUGGGAUGUUCAGGAGAAGCACUUCGAGUUCCUCGUUGCCAACGGUGUCCACGGCAUCGUCAUCGCCGGCACAAAUGGCGAAGCAGCAACACUCUCCUCAGCCGAGAAGACACAACUAGUCCAAAAAGCCCGCAAGACCGCUCAGAGGUUAGGGCACGGUGACUUGCCCAUCACACUCGGCGGCGUAGCAGGCUCGACGCGCGAUGCCAUCCAGCAGACCAUCGCUGCCAAGGAGGCAGGCGCGUCCGCAUUCCUCGCACUUGUACCGUCGUUCUUCCACUUCGCCAUGAAUCAGGAUGCGAUUGUUGCUUUCUUCCAAGAGCUGGCAGACGCAAGUCCCAUCCCCAUCGUGCUCUACAACUUCCCCGGUGUUGUGUCGGGCCUCGACAUCAACUCCGAGAUGCUGGACAUCCUAGGCAAGCACCGCAACAUUGUUGCUGUCAAGCUCACAUGCGGCGGUAUCGCGAAGGUUGCACGCGUGUCGGCUUCCUUUAAGAAGUCUGAGUUUGUUGCGCUGGCUGGUCAGAGCGACUGGCUGAUUCCGGCCCUGAGCGUGGGAGGCGUUGGCACAAUCACCGGUGUUGCCAACCUGUAUCCUAAGACUUGUGUGCACAUGUUCAACCUCUACCAAUCCGGGAAGCAUGAAGAGGCCUCAGCUCUGCAGGUCAAGCUGUCCGUUACAGAGUGGGGCUUUGGAAAGGGCGGUAUCAACGGCACCAAGUAUGUGGUCGCACACAAGCUAGGGUACCCAGAGUCGAGCGCAGACUGCAGGAGGCCGUACCCCAGAUACACUGAUGAAGAAAAGAGGAAAUGGGUCGUCAACCAGGUAUCGGGGCUGGACGAGAUUGAGGCUUCGUUGUGA